GACCUCCUCCAUUCUGCACAAACGCACUACAACACCAAGGCCUUCUCGUCACGCUCAAAUUCAUCUCCCCCCUUUGUCGUUUUCUAUCAAACAGCUCAACUAGUCACGAUGAGUGCGAUUGCUGAUACCGCUGAUGGUCCGGUUGAGAUCAUCAAGGUCUUGUUUGCCUUGUUCCCCGGCUACGACACCCUCGAUGUCGCGGGACCACUUGAGGUCCUCAGUCGCUCUCUUCACAAUCCCAAAGACAAGACCACCAAGGCCUUCGAAUGUCAAUUCGUUGGUCCGUCCGCAGCUAUGACCUCUACCCAUGGAUUGACUGUCAAGGCCGACAUGGACUACGAGGACGCUAAUGACGAGAUUGAGGACUUUGACGUUAUCAUCGUCCCCGGCGGUGAAGGGGUCCAGGACGUCCUAAAGAAUAAGACCGAGCCCCUCAAUCUCCUCAAAGCGUUCGUCGAAAUCCAAGAGAAGAACCCGGCCAAGGAGCGCACUAUCCUCGCCAUCUGCACUGGGUCGCUUCUUCUCGCCCAGCAAGGCCUCCUUGAGGGUCUCGCGGCUACGACCCACCCGGACUACUAUACCCGUCUCGAGACCAUCUGUCAAGACGCGGCGACACGCGAUCUCUCUAUGCGUACCGAUGUCAUGGAGGAACGAUACGUAGUGAACAACGCGCGGUUCGACUUGGGUGAUAACCCCGACGAGAACCCGUACAUCAUUAGGAAGCAGCCCGAGGGUGGUGUUAAUACUAUGCACGCCCGGAGGAAGUCCAUUGCCCGCAAGGGUAGCAAUGCCUGGCGCGAGUCUCGUCGCCGCGAGUCCAUCAUUAGGCGUGCUUCCAUGCCGUGUGGCGGAAUGAGGAUCAUCACCACUGGCGGUGUCACUGCUGGAUUAGACGCCUCUUUGUACCUUGUGGGCUCUCUGGUCUCUCACGACUCAGCCCUCGAGGUUGCUCAUAAGAUGCAAUACACUUGGGUUAAGGGAGUUACGGUCGAUGCUAUUGAUGUUUAAGUGAGUACCCUAGCGACGGCGCAAAAGUCUUUUUGGACAACGAUCUGGCGCGGUCGAGUCUGGAUGUCAGAUAGUAUCCGGCGUGAUCUAUCUCGACUAAUGUAAGGUUACAAUAAAUUCACGGCUGUCUAAGUAAGGAAUCGGGAUGCGAUG